AUACCCACAUUCAAGCAAGCGGUGACAAUCAACGCGAUCGGACUGGGUUUGGCCACCGCGUUCUGCCUGUCUACAGUCUACGGUCUCUACGGGUUAAUGAGCGGUUUGAUUUCCGAUAUGCCUACCUGGUUGGCAGCACUGUACAACGCCAUGAGUCGUCCGGUAUUCACGGUCGGAAUAGCAAUUGUCACCUACUUGUGUGCCAAUCGUUAUGCAAGUAAGCAUGGUUAA